GCCCAGCUAUGCCAAGACGAAUAUUUUCCAUCUUUCUUAUCUGUAAAGCAGCGUGACGCCGACAAAACUGGAACUGCCUUAUAGCACCAGGCGCUCGGUGAAUGCACUGUGUAGGCGUGGGUGCGCGCGCGCGCGUUCGCGUGUGUCUUCUUAAUUGAAACAGCAGCCUUGUUUGGUGGACUUUCUUUCUACUGGACAUUUUAGCCGUUCACAACCUUUCACCAUUACUUCCCAAAGCAAAACGGACUUUUUAGCGCUUGCUUCUCGGAUCUUCCAGAGGAAGCGGCUCGUCGCUGCGGUAGUUGGCAUCGUCAUGGUUUUGAUUCUUAUUAUAGCGAUUCCACUGCUAGUUCAGAGCUCCAAGACUACAGCGCACUACGAGAUGAUGGGAACCUGCAGGAUGAUUUGCGACCCUUACAACCCCAAAGCCAGUAGCACAGCAGUAGAAGUAAUGCAAGAUCUUAGUGCCAUCCCACCUCCGCCUUUUCUUCAAGGGAUUAAAGGGGAACCGGGGCGACCUGGAAAACCCGGGCCAAGAGGUCCUCCCGGAGAACCUGGUCCGCCUGGUCCAAAGGGACCACCGGGGGAAAAGGGGGAUUCCGGAAAACCGGGAUAUCCAGGACUUCCAAGUAUAGGUGGCACUGAAACGGGAGUGGUAAACACAGCGGUGAGUGGCACCAAGAUAGCAUUUUACGUGGGUCUGAAAAGCCCUCACGAAGGGUACGAAGUUCUGAAAUUCGACGAUGUUGUAACUAACUUGGGAAAUCAUUACGAUCCAUCUACGGGCAAGUUUACCUGUCAAGUCUCCGGAAUCUACUUCUUUACUUACCAUGUGCUGAUGAGAGGAGGCGACGGAACCAGCAUGUGGGCAGACCUGUGCAAAAACGGACAGGUCCGAGCCAGCGCCAUCGCCCAGGACGCGGACCAGAACUACGACUACGCCAGCAACAGCGCGGUGCUGCACCUGGACUCGGGGGACGAGGUGUACGUCAAACUGGACGGUGGGAAAGCCCACGGAGGCAAUAACAACAAGUACAGCACUUUCUCUGGUUUCAUUUUGUAUCCCGAUUAAACAUCUGAAAGAAGACGUUCUCGUGUCACACGUUCACUUUUGUAAGUGUCUCUCUGACGGGUCCCAUAUAUGCUUCUUUUUUUCUUUUUUGGAUUAAUUUUGUACUUUAUUGUGGAAAAAGUGAAAAAGAUGUCACUUUCUUCCUAGGUUUGCGGAUAUAAGCAGUAAAGACGCACAGCCUCUGAGAUUGUUUGAAUGUGACCAUAUUUUUGCUUGGCAAGUUUAUGGUGUUAUAUAUUUGAAAUGCUAAAUGAGAAAUUCAACAAGUUUUUAAUAAAAAGAAAAUAAAAGAAAGAAAGUAAUGAUGAGGAAGAAAAGACAUCUGAAAUCCUGGUGUUUCUACUUUUGGAGAGUCUACAUGUCAUUUAACGGCGAUCAAUUAGACAACUGUUAUUGAAUUCCAUUC